CUUUCUUCUAUAAAAUUUAUAGCAAUGUUAUAUUUUUUUUAUAUAAAAAAUAGAUGUUAGAAUAUGUCCUGUGCAAUAUAAAGGGCUUUCUGUCUGAUUGAGGAACAAUUUGAAAUUAAUUUUACAUAUGAUUUUUUUUAAAGUAAAGAUAUAGAUGUCAGACGGUGUGUUGGAUGAUAUAUGUUGUGUCUUAUGUAAUAGAAAGGGCUUGAAGUCUGGGGGAACAAUUGGAGAUCUUUGCAUUUGUAAAGACUGUGCAAAUUGUUCAGGUGGCAUAGUUCCAAACGACGAGUAUUUUGGAAGAGCUUUUCAAAAAUUUUCUACUGAUAAUCUUAAGGAAAUAGCAUCGUCCCAGUUGUUAAAAUCAAUAUUUUUGGGUCAACUGUACAGUUACAGACAUAAUAUCUUCAAAACUGGUGGAGAUGCAAAAAAAAGUUUGUGUGACAUUUGGUUGGUUGAUUUGCUAUCAGAUGAUCAAGUGCAUACUCUUUAUAACGCAUUAGUUAGAUCAUAUAAUAAUUUAAAACAUAAUGAUUACGUGUUGAAAGUCCUUGUUCCAGAGGCAAUACUAUAUCUCUUCGCCAAAGUGGAGAAGAUUUCAAGGAUUAAAGCUGAAGUUGUAUUGAAUUCAUAUAUUUCAGAAAGAUACCAUGAAAAUGAAAGCCAAAAUUCAGACAGUUGUAAAAGUGAUGUAAAUUGUGUUUCCAGAAAUGAGAAUAUUUUAUUGAAUAAAUUAAAAAAGGAGGAAAAAAUUAAAAAAAAUCGUUUAUCCAAAUGGGUGCAAUAUAGUACUGAUACCAAUACUAUUGAAGAUAAAAAAGAGAAUGAACUACCUAAAAACAUUCACAUUGAUUUAUGUAUAGAAGAUUCAGAAACUUUCUUGGUGAAAAAUUUGUUGAGUUAUUUAAUUGAAAAGGUUUGUAAUUAUAUAGAUGGAAAUGACGUUGAUUUUAACAUCCAAAAUCCUCAAUGUCCUACAUCAUCUUGUAGUAAAAAAUAUCUAAAUGAAUCUGUUUUUACACUCUCUGGUGAAGAAAAGAAAGUUAAUUUGGAAAUGGAUAUGCAUCAAGUUAAAAAAAAAAAAUAUCUAAAUGAAUCUGAUUUUACAUUCUCUGAUAAAGAAAAGAAAGUUAAUUUGGAAAUGGAUAUGCAUCAAGUUGAAAAAAAAAAAUAUCUAAAUGAAUCUGAUUUUACACUCUCUGGUAAAGAAAAGAAAGUUAAUUUGGAAAUGGAUAUGAAUCAAGUUAAAAAAAAAAAAUAUCUAAAUGAAUCUGAUUUUACAUUCUCUGGUAAAGAAAAGAAAGUUAAUUUGGAAAUGGAUAUGAAUCAAGUUAAAAAAAAAAAAUAUCUAAAUGAAUCUGAUUUUACAUUCUCUGGUAAAGAAAAGAAAGUUAAUUUGGAAAUGGAUAUGAAUCAAGUUAAAAAAAAAAAAUAUCUAAAUGAAUCUGAUUUUACAUUCUCUGGUAAAGAAAAGAAAGUUAAUUUGGAAAUGGAUAUGAAUCAAGUUAAAAAAAAAAAAUAUCUAAAUGAAUCUGAUUUUACAUUCUCUGGUAAAGAAAAGAAAGUUAAUUUGGAAAUGGAUAUGAAUCAAGUUAAAAAAAAAAAAUAUCUAAAUGAAUCUGAUUUUACAUUCUCUGGUAAAGAAAAGAAAGUUAAUUUGGAAAUGGAUAUGCAUCAAGUUAAAAAAAAAAAAUAUCUGAAUGAAUCUGAUUUUCUACUCUCUGGUAAAAGAGUUUUUCCUAAAAACAUCAAAAGAACAAAAGAACCAAUAGUAAAACGAGGUAAAAAGGCGUGCCCUGUACCUGGAUGUAAGUCAGUUAUUAUCAAUUUAUCGAGACAUAUAAAAGAAUCUAAAAAAAUGGACCACAUUAUAUUAAAAAGAUCUGCGUCAAAAGUAGUUUCCCUCUUCGGACUUAGAAAAAGUUGCGCAAAAAGUUGUGAUGUAAUCAGACCUCGCAAAAGUGUUACUAAAUCGUGCCCAGUUGAUGGAUGCCUAUCAACAAUAUUAAACUUAUCUGACCACUUUCGAAAAUCUCACCCAAGUAUUUACAAUAAUGCUGAGCUGUAUGAUGAAAUGAAAAAAAAAGCAAUAGUUAUUUCAGAAAAUGAUAAAGAACAAAUAAUGUCAAUUUUCACCUCAAACAAUCCAUUGCCUUCUGAUGAUUCAUACGAUUCAGAAAACGGUUCUGCAAAAAUUGCUUCUGAUAAAUAUAAAAAGUUUAUUUCCCAAAUUGAUUCUUCUACUGACACUGACUCAGAUUAUAUAGCUGAGUUAGAUGAAACCGAUGAGUCUAAUGAUGAAUAUUUACCUGAUGAUAUCAAUGAAGAAUCUAUUAAUGCUGUUUUAAAUAAUUUCGAAAUCCAUUUAUUAGGUUUUGAAGGUGGUAAAAAAAAGGAAAAACCUGCUCGCCAAUGUAAAAAUCAAGUUAAAUGUAUUCUAAAUUGUAUUAGUCCUACUCUAACAUCACUUGAUCCUUUGUUUAAUCUUCAAACACUUAGGGAGAAGUGGCUUCCCUGGGCUUUGGCUCCUGGAAAAGGUAAAAAUGGUAAAGGUCACCUACCAGGAACAUUAAGAUCCUACCUUGGAUCACUGAGUAAGUUUAUAGAAUUUUUAAUUCGGCAGAAAACAGUUUCUUGGGCAAAAAAGAUGUUCGUCCCUUGCACUAUUAAUCUUGAUGUGAUGAAAGGGCUAUUGAAAGAUAUUAAGAACUGGAGUGCAAGCUAUUGCGAUGAAGUGGAUGAGCGAGAGUGGGAUGUUUUAGAAAAAGACCUUGCUAAUAUGAUUGAUCCGGAUGAAUUUCAAAAAGUUUACAAUUCUGAGCUCUCUUAG